AAAUUUUCAGACGGCGUUCAGGUUGGAAAUCACAGGAUCCUUCAGCUGAUCUGCUCGUUCAUCAUCUGUUCGUUGUUCCAGUUUGAAAAGCAGGACAAUGGGGAUCGACGAGUUAAACCUAAAAGCUCGUAUCAGAGUGUUUAGGCGAGAGUGUCACCGGGUUUUGGACUCGGAGAGGACCAUAAUACAUGGAGCAGACAGCAUGCUGAUGGUCCUCCAGUUGGCCGCUGCUGAGGUCCACAAGCAGGAAAGAGGAGAGUUCGGUGUAGCUUUGAGCGACGUGCUGGAGGCUUGGAAAUGCUUGCUUCUGGACAAGCUCCACCUGUCCCGCGACGGCUCCCCGCUCCCCGAGAAUUACGAGCUCAUCCGUAAAGAGUACGAUGGUUUUUUAAAGCGCACCAACACGGUGGACCUGAUCGACGUCUACAACAUGUACGAGGAGCUGAAACGGGACGAGGACCCCGAGGACCCCCUGACUGCAGCGCAGAUGUUCGAGUUCCUGCAGGGCAGCCCGGAGGACGCGGAAGAAACCGAGACGAGAAGAAGCCCUCGGGUUCCGGCUACACCAUCGAACCGGGUCAGGACCUGCAGCGCACAGGUGCGGCGAGCAGUCCGGAGGCUCUUUUGCUCGUAUUUGGGUAUGCUGGUGAACACGAAGAACGACUUGGCCCUCGCACACGCUCUGAACACUCCCGACCGCUGUCUAGGGCGCACGGCGUUUACCGACCUCAAACGCGCAGCACGCAAAAGCGCCACGUCUCUAUUUCUGGCAGCGACUUCGUUUAUCCGGGCGAUAGAGCUGGGUGGGAAAGGCUACGCCCCUCCGGAAUCUGACCCUUUAAGGAAGCACUUAAAGGGUUUGUCUAUGUUUGUCCAUUUCAUGGACCAGCUGGAAGACAUCCUGGGAGAAACCCCCAACCCCAGUGCUGCUGGAGGCAGGAUGGUGUCCAGCAUUAGAGCAGUUCUCCUGAAGGGUCUCAGUAACGCAGAUCCGGUGUACACUACUGUAGAAGACACGGUGAAGGAGCUCAAGGAAAGAAUCCAGCAAAUCCACACCCUUCAGAAGGAGUCCGCUUGUGGCACAGGGAUCAGUCCAGCCAGGCCCAGAACGUACGCCAUCAAUCACGCCACUGCCUAUGCAGGCAGAGAGACCGUUAAAGUCCUGAUCACAGUGUUGGAUGAAGAAGCUCUGGCGCCGCCCUGCAGGAACAAAGCGCAACUGCUCACUGAUGAUCAGACCGUUCUCAACGAAGCUGAGCCCACGUGUCUCCUCUCGCUCUAUAAAUCUCCAGAGCUUCCCACGGGACUCUCUCCAAAACCCCUGCGCGACCGCGUCCAGAUCCAGCAAGAACACGCCAAGUCUAAGGUAAGGGAAAGAGGCAUCCGUUCGCAGUUUGCCUGCACGUACGUGGAUGACGGUCUGCCUCUAAAUCGUGUGCUGGAUUUUCCCAGCACGAGUCGGCUCCCGACCUGCGUUCAUCCCGCUCCUAAACGGACGGUCCCCGCGGCCGUCGAUGCGCCCCCGGAGGACGAGACCGACCCUGCAGACGAACGCGAAAAACAAGUCGAGGUGGAACAUCAGGCCUGCCGUAGUUCGGGGACCGAACGAGCCUUCGAGCAACGCGGCACCAACGGCCCGAUCCGAACAGGUGUUUCAAGGAAAGGAGUGGCAGAACUCCAAACCAUCACCAAAACUUCCAAGAGGAAGCUGUCAAACAGAGAGUGUGUGGAACAAGGAGGUGAUGAGAACCAGCCGCCCCAGAAGAGACCUCCUGCCAAAGCCUGUAGCUCAGGGCCAGGGAAGAAGAGCGGCAACACGGCUAGAAAGAAGCUCAUUGUAGGUCAGGGCAAGCUUACAAGCUUUUUCCGGCUAUGAUUUAAAGCUUAUACGGGAUGCUUCAUCAGGACAUCUCGCGUCCUCUCUGAUCACGUCCUUCAUCCGAGCGUGUGAUGAGUAUACGUCAGACCUUCAGGCAUACGUGUGAAGACUUGCACGGUUACUUUUUGAUUAAACCCCUUUGGGGCUCACUAUUGUAUCGAUGCAUUGAAAACCUUCUACAUGCGGUUUUAUACCCAAAGGCAUCGAUCAUUUCACAACGGUCUCGCAUUGUUCUGUUUUUUUUUUUUGUAGUCAAGCAAGUACAUCAUUUCUGGUUUUAAUAAAGUUUUAUUUGACUGUA